AUGGAGCAGCGCCUGUUUGAGGCCGCCGAGAAAGAUGACGUUAUCCAGCUGUUGGACAUCCUGCAAUCGGGGUCACGGGAGGGGUCAUCGCUGGACAUCGACUGCCGUAACGACUUCGGCCAGUCGGCGCUGGACGUGGCCGUGGACGCCGGAAGCCUGUCGGCGGCCGGGGCCCUGCUGGACAACGGGGCCAGGGUGGGAGGCGCCAUCUUGUACGCCGUGGACAGGCAGCACCUGGCGGCCGUCCGGCUGAUCCUGGACAAGAGGACGGCGGAGGAUGUGAUGGAUAGUUUGGAGAAUGAGAAGGAGUGCGAUCACAGCUGCAUGUUUUCUCCCGACAUGACGCCCCUUGUGCUGGCGGCCCACCACAACAACUACCGGCUCCUGAAGCUCCUGCUGGGCGGGGGCUUCACCCUGCCGGCCCCGAGCACCUUCUCCUGGGCGUCCGGCGUCAGGCAGUCUAGCGCCUGGCUCAGCACGUACCAAGCGAUGUGCAGCCCCUAUUACAUCCUCCUCACGUCGGACGACCCGUUCUCUGCCGCCUUCACCACGGCCAGGACGCUGCGAGACGUCUGCUGGAAGCGGGAGAACUACCGGGGCCUGCUGGAGGAGAUGGCGGGCCGAUGUGAGACCUUCGCCGCCGAGCUGCUGGAUGAGGUACGGGACUCCGAAGAGCUGGAGGCUGUGCUGGGGUACAGCAGAGGUGAUCAGCAACCCCCAUACACAACCUUGGAGAUGGCAGUGGACUUUAAGCAGAAGAAGUUCGUGUCGCACCACCUGUGUCAGGAGUACGGCCUGCUGCUAGACUUGCCCGCCGCGGAGUGGGAGUCCUGGUCCCGGAUGUACGUCAUCAUCUUCAACCUGACGCUGUGUCUGUUCUGCCCCCUGCUGUGCCUUAUACACGUCAUCGCACCCAAGACUACGGCAGGGAAGCUGGCCUCCAUCCCGUACAUCCGUGACCUGUUCUGGUCGGUGUCUGAGGUGCUGAUGCUGGUUGUAGUGCGGUGGGAGGCGGAGUACCAGGUGGGACUGGAGGACAUCAGCAGGAUCGCGCGCGGGGACCCCACCCCUGCCGUCAUCGUCUCCACUCCGCAGAUCCUCAUCAUGGUCUGGGUGCUAGGUCUGCUGAUAGAGGAACUGCAGGAGAUCUGGUACCAGGGGCUCCGGUAUCACCUCACCCGGCUGUGGAACCUGCUGGACUUCGCCAUCCUCGCCACCUACAUCACACAGCUGGUGCUGAGGGCCACCUCUUUUACUUGGUGGGACCGUUACGUCACAGAGAAUAUGGCGGAUGACUGGGUGGUCCAGACGAACCCGUACACCUUCCAGCCCGUGAUGAUCGCGGAGGGGCUGUUCGCCGUCUUCACCGUUCUGGUGGUGCUCCGGGCCAUGGGCAUCUGCAGCUUGAGCAGAUUGUGA